AUGAGCAAACCACUAAUCGAAGGAGCGUCGAUAACGAUAAAACGAAGCGACGGUAGAACGCACCAAGCAGUUGUAUCUUCAAUUGAUUUUGACAUUGGAUGCGUAAAGUGGAGUGAUCAUAUGAUUCUUGUACCGUCAUCUUCAACAAAUAAUUUAUUGCUGAACAAAGAACAAAGAGUAUCUUCAGUGAAGCAUACUAGGUCUACAUUCGAUAACUUUCCUUCGGAUCUGACGUUAAAAAAGCUUGGAAAACUGGAGAAAAACCGAUCUGAGAGGAGGAGAAAGCAGGCCGAAUUGAGAGCUGAAAAAGCGGAAAUCUCCAAGAAAUCAAUGGGUAAUCCACAUUGGGAACUGGUGCAAAUGAUAAAUGACUAUAGAAGAAAAGUGAAUUUUGCUCCGCUAUCGCGAUGUGACCGCUCGACUGACCAUCAAAUUACAGUAGCUGUAAGAAAAAGACCAUUAAAUAGUAUAGAUUAUUCUAAAAGGGAAGUGGAUAUUGUAACGAUACCAAGUUCUAACCAAUUAAUCAUUCAUGAACCCAAGAAUAAAGUGGAUUUAACUAAAUACAUUGAAAACCAUGUGUAUAAAUUUGAUUAUACAUUUAAUGAAACCUGCAUCAACGAAUGUGUGUAUAAAUACACUGCUCAACCCUUGGUGAACACCAUUUUUGAAGGCGGCAUGGCAACUUGUUUUGCUUAUGGUCAGACAGGAUCUGGUAAAACUUUUACAAUGAGUGGAAAUUAUAGUGAACUUGACACAGAAAAGGGAAUUUAUGCCCUCACCGCAUCUGAUAUUUUUAGUCUUAUACAUUCAUCAAAAUACAGAGAUCUUAACCUUGCCGUGUCGUGUAGUUUCUUUGAAAUUUACAGCAAGAAAGUGUUUGAUUUGCUAAACAAUAAGGCUACGUUAAAAAUACUGGAAGAUGCUAAACAGCAAGUUCAGAUAAUUGGGCUUACUGAAAAGGCUGUAACUUCUGUUGAUGACGUUUUAAAAUUAAUCCUUCAGGGAAACAUUGAAAGGGCAUCAGGUCAAACAUCGGCAAACACUAAUUCGGCUUGCAAGUUGACUCAGGUGCUAAGAGAUUCGUUCGUAAAGCCCAAUUCUAAAACCUGCAUGAUUGCCAUGAUAUCACCUGGAAUGUGGAAUGGAAGGAGAAAAAUUAUCAAAUCGAAUGGAGAUACUUUAAAUAAUCAAAAAGAAGAUGUACAGAAAGUAGCUGACAAGACAGAUUUGCUUAAAAUCGAUAGAACCGUACUAAAUAGUCAUCGUGAGACUAUAGGGAAUUUGAAAAGUAUUCUUAAAGAUGCUGAGGAGAUGAGCAUUGAAGAAUUUUCUUACAAAAAAUGGGAUAGUCUUUUAGAUAGUGGUAUUGCUUUAUCUGUUGAAUGGCUAGAGAGAUUGUAG